AUGAAUUUCAUAGUUCUGUUUGUGAAUACUCUUUGUGAAUCAAGUUUAAGUGGUGUAUGUAACAUUAACAUAUUAAAGCACAUAUCAAGUGGAACUGAUAUCAAAAGUAUUGAUUGGUGCUCAUAUGUUUUGGACUGCCUCAUCAACACGAGUAGUUCAUUUGAACCUUACAAUGAUAAAAAACUCUUUUUCAGACCUUCUGCAUAUCUCGUGUUGUUGUAUCUUGACAGUAUUGAUUCUGAUGAAUUAAAGGUUGAGCGGACAAGACCAGUCAUUUGUUAUUGGAGCUCAGAAAAGAUAAAAUAUCGUGAAAAUCUGGAAAUGACUAUUGGAAGAUUUGGUUUUGGAGAUAUAAAUCCUCCUUUUAUAACAGAAGAUUGUAAACGAAUUUUUGUUGAUUUUGGAAGUGAUUUUGAAUAUAAUGAAGAAUCAAUUGAUGUAAUCUCAAGGUAA